AUGGCACCACCGCGCACAACCAAGAAAUCCACACUCACAAGCCCCUCCACAGCCACCACUCGCCAGAGCGCAAGGCAUUCACGGAAACAGGUCAUCAACGAAGCAGAUGAUCUCGAAGAUCUCGACCAAGGCAAUAGCGCGAUCGAUGAUGAACAUGCUGGAGAUGAUGAGGCAGAAGCAUUGCAGCGCACCUCCGAUGGUCCGCUGGAACAAAUGAUGGUGAAGAUGGUAGACGACAAAGAGGAGUUGGAAGAGUCUAUCAAUGCAGUCUUUGACACACACGAGGCUGAGGCAUCAGCAGCCCAUCAAGCACAGCUCAAACGUCUCCAGGAUCUUGUCGGUCAAAAGAUCAAUAUCGAAGCCGCUAUGGGCAGGCAGCUAGCGAGCUUGCAAAAGAUACACAACGCGCACUCUCGUGAUCUCGAGACCGUCGUCGAACGCCGCUUACGGGAGAUGAAGUGA